AUGGGUCAAACUGGAGAACGAUCCGAAAUUGUAUUCUUCGACGUGGAAACCACCAUCCCCACCUGCGCCGGCCAGGGUUAUGCCCUUCUGGAGUUUGGGGCCAUGUUGGUUUGCCCCGAGAAGCUAAAGGAGCUCCAUGCUUACUCCACAUUGAUCCGACCCGCCAACCCUUCCCUCAUCUCCCCCGCCUCUGUACGCUGCAACGGCAUAACUCGCGAGGCUGUCGCCUCCGCUCCUACUUUCGCCGACAUCGCCGAUACGGUUUAUGAACUUCUGCAUGAACGGGUUUGGGCGGGCCAUAACAUCUUAAGAUUUGACUGUCUUCGUAUCAGAGAGGCAUUUACUGAGAUUAAUCGGCCUCCACCAUCACCCAAAAGUACGAUAGACUCACUACCUUUGUUGACUCAAACGUUUGGCAGGAGAGCUGGAAACAUGAAGAUGGCUACUCUUGCAACAUAUUUUGGGCUUGGGCAGCAGACGCAUAGGAGCCUAGAUGAUGUUCGUAUGAAUCUAGAAGUUAUCAAGCACUGUGCAACUGUUCUCUUCUUGGAAUCAUGUCUUCCAGAUGUACUCAAAAGUCGGGUUUCUCCAAAAGUUGCUGCAAGAAGUUGCAGUGUGGGAAAAUCUUUACAAGACAAUGGCUUAUCAGAUAUGGAAACAGAAUCCAUAUUGCUAGUAUCACCUAUUGCAACUCAAUGUAACGAAGAAAAACGUCCAACAACAUCUUCUCCUAUUGCAGAAAGCUCUAAAUUAGCUAAUCCAGUUCACUAUCCUCAACCACAAACGACUAGUCCAGCUGCUUUAUCUGAGGCUACUUGGAGCAGCAGCCGCGAUUUUGCUGUUUUGAAGCCCCAUGAAGUUCUCAUCUCUAGCCUCACCACAACUCUUUUUACAUCACAUCAUGGCAGUAAAAGGAUACAACUGUUGCACAAUGGUUUCCCUUUUCAGCUCUCUUGUGCUGAUCUCAGAAUACGGUUUGGAAUAAGCGGUAGGUUUUGUGAUAAAGCAGGCCGACCAAAGUUGAAUAUUGUGAUUGACGCAUCGCAAAGCUUAUGUGAGGUUCUUGAAGCUUGUGAUUCCAUCUCUCUAUGUUCGUUUUUGGACUCAGGAAGUAGCUCUGAGUGGAAGCCAGUAUUGAUUACCAGAAAAGAGGGCUCCUUCAACCAUCCUACUGUGAGGUUACAGAUUCCUGUAUCACUAUGCAUGGGGAACACUGCCAUACUUGCAGCUGAAGUAUACAAGAAAGAAUCAGUGUCGGGGACUGUUCAAAGCUUACGCUUCAAUAAGGUCGAUAUUAGGGAGCUCGGUUCGUUGUUGAUGCCUGGGAACCUUGUGGACGCAAUCUUCUGCUUAGAUCAAUAUGAGUAUCAGCAGAGUGCAGGGAUUAGAUUGACGGAGAAGCUCGGGGCAUGGAACUUGGUGCAACGGUCUAAAGGAAAGAAAUGGGGAAACAACGCUAAAUCCGGGGUUCGGAGUAACUGCCAGGAGAUGAAUCUGCAGAGCAAGACGCAAUUGACUCAAAAUCGCGAGAAGCGUGGAGAUGUCAAAUUGGAUAGCUUGAAUAAGAAGGAAACAAAUAAAGGCGGUUUAAAUACCAAUGGUCAGCUGUUUGUGGGGAGGGAAUUUCACAACAAUUUUAAGUGGGUCCCUGUGGACGCGGCCAAGUCAAUGGAAAAUAAAGCUUCUAAAUAUGGAAAGGAGAAUAUUCCCCCCAAAGGCAAAAAGGGGUCUCGAUGA